ACCCGUGAACCCACCAAGCAAUUGCCUCUCAAUUACCCCAUUACCCUAAACCAAAUCGGGAACCCCAAAACCAGAACCCUCACGCACAAUCUAAAACCUCCAGAACCCAAUAUUUGACACCAAACCAAAAUUGACGGCGGUUAAGAAUGCCAAAGGUUAAGACUAACCGUGUCCAGUAUCCGGAGGGGUGGGAAUUAAUUGAGCCUACACUUCGUGAAUUACAAGCCAAGAUGAGAGAAGCGGAGAAUGAUACACAUGAUGGCAAGAGGAAAUGUGAGACGCUAUGGCCUAUAUUUAAAAUAGCACAUCAGAAGAGCCGCUAUGUUUUUGAUCUUUAUCACCGUAGGAAGGAAAUAUCUAAGGAGCUUUAUGAGUUCUGUUUGGACCAAGGGUACGCUGACCGUAAUCUUAUUGCUAAAUGGAAGAAGCCGGGUUAUGAACGCUUGUGUUGCUUAAGAUGCAUGCAGCCACGCGAUCACAACUUCCAAACAACCUGUGUGUGUCGAGUACCCAAGAAUCUUCGGGAGGAGAAGGUUAUAGAGUGUGUCCAUUGCGGUUGUAAGGGUUGUGCCAGCGGCGAUUAAUAUGACUGAUAGAAUGAUAGAUGCCGAGGCUACGCAUAUUUUGGUAUCAAAAUAUUGCUCGGUUUCAGCUACCUGCAGCUGGUGUUAAUCAGUCUUCAUCUUUGUCACCAAUGAGUUGUAUUGAAUAUGAGUAGAUACUGUAACAGACCAAAUUAGAUUAAGUUUGUAUAAGUGAGAUGGACUUCUAUUUCUGUAAUUUCAUUUUAAUUGCUUCUAACACCAAAGUAACUUUAUUUUAAGAGUUGUGCUAUUGCAUAGAUUCAUAUGGUUUAAGAAUUCCUUGAGAGUCAGGCUUUUAAAACUAACAAUAAGAAAGGUGUAUUAUAAAAUUUUACAGAUUUAU